CGCAACAAUGUCUCCUGCCCGACAGCAGCGUCAGUGUGGGUCGCGCGACACCACGGAGCGGUCGGUCUUGUGUUGACCUCGAGCCUGCAGUGUACGCGAUGUUCUGAGCCCACAUGUUCGCAUAACCUCAUUACAGUCGGUCGGUGUCGAGCGUGUCCUGUGUUUUAGUGUUCGGUUCACUCCUACAGUACACUGCGUACCGAUCCAUGCUCGCCAUACUGCUCCUGGUAUUGACACGGGUUGUGCUGAGUGACCGGCUGCUCCUCGGUUACCUCACAGGCUCCCAGAGGAGGCCGGGUGACCACGAGUACCAGCGGCCUGGCCUGACCAUCUCGGGGGCCAUCAGCCUAGCUGUGGCCGAGGUGAACGCUGGUCCACUUGCCACUCGAGGCCACUCCCUGGAGUUCGUGGUGGCCGAGACCUACGGUGAGGAGACCACCUCUAUCCGGCAGAUCGCGGCUCUCUGGACUCGUAACGUCUCGGCGUACAUCGGCCCUCAGGAGACCUGCGUGCACGAGGGCCGUAUGGCCGCUGCUUUCAACCUCGCCAUGAUAUCCUAUUAUUGCACCGAUUACGAGACCACUGACAAGCGCAACUUUCCCACCUUCGCUCGCACCAGACCUCCGGACAAUCAGAUCUCCAAGAGUGUAGCCGCGGUGCUGCUAGCUUUCAACUGGACCCAGGUGACGUUUUUCUACUUUAACUCAGAGGACAACGAGUUGAGCAAGAUCGCGUCAACUAUCCUGUCGGUCCUGGAGGGGGCGGGGGUGACGGUUCUGUUCACUAGAACUUGGGGUCCUUUCCCUUACCACCACGGUUACAGUGACAACCCCUUCCACAGUCUCGUCCAGCAGACCUACCUGGACUCCAGGAUUUACCUCAUCCUUGGCCACACUUACGAGCAUCUUGGCCUCAUCAUUGCUAUGGAAGACAUGAAACUGUUUGACAAUGGUGAGUACUGGGUGGUGGGGGCGGACAUCGACCAAUACGACGCCGAGGCGCCAGAGAAGUACAUCCGAGGGUUGUUGCGGGACGAGGCUGAUCCAAGGGCUACCAGAGGUUACCGCUCCUACCUGGGGGUAGUACCCACGCCUCCCCGGGGUUUCCAGAACUUCAGCCUGCAGGUGAAUGCGCUCAUGGAGAGGCCACCUUUCAACUACCCCAACCCCGUGGACAUCGUGGGUGGCGUCAAGAGGAUCACGGCUGAAGCUGCAUACCUGUACGACGCUGUGCUUCUGUACGCUCGAGCUGUCCUGGAGAUCCUAGACGAGGGUGGGGAUCCUCGCAACGGCUCUGACGUCAUAAGACACGUUAAAGGUCGUCACUACCACAGCGCCAUGGGGUUCAUGGUGUACAUGGAUGAGAAUGGGGAUGCCGAGGGUAACUACACUCUGCUGGGGAGAAGACCACAUCAUCUAAUAGCCAAUGACUAUGGACUCUACCCAGUGGGACUGUUUACCCUUGGAGAAAGGCUUCCGGAGCUGAGACUGACUGAAGAGAUCGACUGGGGAGAGAAAGGAUGUCCGCCGAUCGCCGAGCCUCCCUGCGGCUUCCGCGGAGAGAAAUGCAUUACUCAUACAAUGGAGAUUCUGGGCGGAGUUCUGGGAGGUACGUCAGCAGUGCUGAUCCUUGUGCUGCUGCUGGUCUACCGGAACUGGCGCUACGAGCAGGAGCUCGACAGUCUGCUCUGGAAAGUGGACUUCAAGGACAUUCAAAUGAAUGACAACGAACAAGCCUCUAGCAACAAGAUCAAUCGAGCCACUCACCCCUUGAUCCGGACGAGCCAGGUGUCUCUCAGUUCCAACCCCGACGCGGACUUCCGGUACUCCUCCAUCUACACCCAGAUCGGCAUCUACCGGGGACGUGCACUCGCCAUCAAAACCGUCGCUAAGAAAACAGUCGACAUUACCCGCAACAUGAAGAAAGAAUUGAAAACGCUUAGGGAUUUACGACAUGACAACCUGAACGCCUUCAUUGGGGCAUGUACGGACCCUCCCCACAUCUGCAUAGUUACCGAAUAUUGCACAAGAGGCAGCCUCAAGGAUAUCUUGGAGAAUGAAGAUGUUAAGCUUGAUAACAUGUUCGUAGCUUCUCUCGUUGCAGACAUUAUAAGAGGUCUCAUCUACCUGCAGGACUCACCGCUACACUUCCAUGGCAACCUAAAGGCCUCCAACUGUCUGGUGGACUCCCGCUGGGUAGUUAAACUCGCAGACUUCGGCCUCUCGGAGUUCAAGAGUGGGGAGGAGACCCACCACCACUACAUGCAGCACACCUUCUUCAUCCCCCAGGACGAGAGUUCAUCCUGCAAGUGCGAAGGGUUGUUGUACAGAGCACCAGAAUCUCUCAGAAUAACGACUUCCUAUCCUGGAGCAGGCUCCCAAAAGGGGGACGUGUAUUCCUUCGGGAUCAUCCUUUACGAGCUUCACAGCCGCAAGGGACCCUUCGGUGACAGCACGGGACUCUCCACGGCGGAGAUCUUGAGAAGAGUCAUCCACUACUGUGGCCACGAACCUCCCUUCAGGCCACCAUUGGAACUUCUGGAGAACAGUUUCGACUUUGUGCGUGAUUGUCUGAAAGAAUGUUGGCAAGAGAAUCCGGACGACAGACCGGACAUCAAGACAGUGCGGACACGGCUGAGACCUAUGAGAAAGGGAAUGAAGCCGAACAUAUUCGACAACAUGAUAGCGAUGAUGGAAAAGUACGCUAACAAUCUCGAGGUUCUCGUCGAUGAGAGGACCGAUCAGUUGGUGGAAGAGAAGAAAAAAACUGAGGCCCUGCUAUACGAAAUGCUGCCCAGGUACGUCGCAGAGCAGCUCAAGCGCGGACACAAGGUCCAGGCGGAGAGUUUCGACUGUGUCACAAUAUACUUUAGCGACAUCGUCGGCUUUACACAGAUGUCCGCUGAAAGCACACCUCUACAGGUAGUCGACUUCUUGAACGACCUGUAUACGUGUUUUGACUCAACUAUAGAGAACUACGACGUCUACAAAGUUGAGACGAUAGGAGACGCUUACAUGGUGGUGAGUGGUCUGCCAGUGCGCAAUGGAGACCAACAUGCCGGGGAGAUCGCGUCUCUGUCUCUGCAGCUGUUGGAGGCCGUGAGGAGGUUUCACAUCAGACACCGCCCCAGUGACAACCUCAACCUCAGGAUUGGCAUACACUCCGGUCCGGUUUGUGCGGGAGUGGUUGGUCUUAAGAUGCCCAGGUAUUGUCUGUUUGGAGAUACGGUGAACACCGCCAGCAGGAUGGAAUCUACAGGAGAAGCUCUGAAGAUCCAUUGCAGUCAGGCUUGCAAACAUCUCUUGGACCGGCUGGGUGGGUACAAGCUCGUGGAACGGGGGAUAGUGGGGAUGAAGGGGAAGGGAGACGUGCUGACCUACUGGUUGGUGGGAGAGGAACACGAGUUUCAGCUCAGGAGAACAGAAGAGCGGGAGAAGAGACGUGUGGAGCUGAGCAGUCGGCAUUCCACAAAGAGAGGAAAGUCUCAGCAGGACUCGAACGGCUGCAUGGGUGGAGCUCCGAGGAGUUCACUGAAGAACCGUAACUUGGCUUUGACUCCGAGCCCGAGAAGUCAUCUAUCAAGAUGCGCCAGUUUAGAAUCGCCCAAGAAACUAAGAUUCGCGAGCAACCACGCAUUGGAAUUCUCCAAACCCUACCAAAGGUGCAGCAAAGAUCCACUACUGGAGGUUAUAAAAGAUAACAGCCCCAGCAAAAGAAAUCUUUGCGGUGUGAAUGAAUCGACGGAGACUUUCUGUGUGAACCACUUGAGCGCUUCCUGUCCUUGUAUAGAGAACUACUCCCCUCCGAUAGACAAACCUCCCUGCCUCCCACUCCUGGAAUUAGGGUCCAACAGUGAACCUGCUCUGUGUGCCUCUGCCCCGGUCUCCCCUCACGAGUGCUGCAUGCUGGAGUCACCCUUGUUGGUACCUCCUGAUGAGGCUACCGCUCCCCUGCUUUCUCGCCAAGAGUCUUCGAUCAUGGUCAGAACUCACUGACUGUACAUAUGUGAUUAUAUCUAUUAAGUUACCUCUUACUUACCAUAAGUGAAAUGUACGUGGAUUAAACUCUUCAACAAAGGUUAUUUCAAAUUGUCAAUUUUGGAACAAUCAUUAACUUUUCGAAUGUUAUAUCAUGGUUUACCAGGCUACCUUUUCCGUAUAAAUGCAAAUUUAAUAUUUUCCUAAUUAAUAAUUAUAAUACAGCAUCAAUUAUUACGCUGCUUGAUUUCCGAAAUUAUGUAUUAUAACUUUCUAAAGAAAUGUCAAUUUGAUCUGUAUGAACAGAAAUUAUUUACUACUUUCCUCAGGAUAAAAUUCAUAGAAAUUUAUUUUUAAGUAAACAUGCCCGUCAAACAUAUUUUAAAGAGUUAGUCAUUGUGUCUGUUGAAUGUUCUAGCAAAUCUUGGUUUUUUUAGAUAUUCUUUGUUCAGUCAUAAGGAAAUUUUGUAUAAAAUUAAAGAUUGUGAUAUAUUAGAUAAUUAAAACAGUGUAAGUCUAAGAAAGAAUUUUUGUCUAAAUUUGACUAAAUCUUAUUCUAUAUCAUUACAAAAUAUAUUUUAUGAAGUAUGCUUUAAACAUUAGUUUAUAUCAAACACAAAAGUUUAAUGAUAUAUUUUACAACGACGGUACAGUUUCAUAUAUAGAGUAGCCAUAUUACUAGCAAGAUAAGUUAUUUUAUUAGUUUGUAUGACAUUAUUAAACGGCACACUUUGGUUAUGGUGGCACACAUUGUUUGGAUCUCGAAAUAUUGAACAUUUAGUGUUUUAAUUGCAUUUUCUGUGUAUUUAACUGUACGUAUUAAACCAUCAUGACCUAUCCAACUUUUCCUACUUGAAACAUUGAUUAUAAAAUCUGAAAUAAUUCUCAGAAGUAUGAUUAGGUCAUAAAAUAUCUUCAAAGAUAUUACUAAUAUUGAAAAUGAAUUCCACUAAGUAUAACUCACAAAGUGUAAUAAACUAUGUGUCUAAACUAUGAGUAUGAGAACUAUGUCAGACACAUCCACUCUUAAAAACUAAUACUCAAGGAUACUCAAGGAACUUGUUUGAUUAAAAGGACAUUACCUCAUAGACCAGAUAUGAUACAUUUUUGCUGUACAAAAACGAGUUCCAAAUAUUAAAAUGAAAUAGAAAUAAUUACAAUUGUAUUGAAGUGCUGAGAUGACGAAUUAGAACAACAUGCUUAACUAAAUUUUAUCUUAAAUUUGUAACUUAAAUUUUCACCAAAUAUAUUUUAAUUACACCUGUUCAUUUGUAAAUCAACAUUAUCAAAAAUAUUGAAAAUAUUACAACAUUUAUAGUAACGUCCAUGGAAAAAUAUAGUUAAUUGAUUCUUUUGAAAGUAUUUCUGUGAGAAAAUGGUGUGUUUUUAUCUCGGUGGAAUGAAUUUAGCUACUAGCAGUGUCUACCAAAGUACUAUCUGUCUCUAUAACAAUAAUAAAUUAAAGUACAUAGUGUAUUAAUCUGGGAUUAUUUAGUUCCAAUCUAGAAACUAACUCAUACGAGGAGGGGCUCUAUAUUAAAUUUCUGAGUAUUUUUUUAAGUGGUUUUGCCUCUCAAAGUACCCGGAUUGUCGGUCAUCCCACCAGAAAUAAUGUUCUAUACAGACCACUUACUAAUCUCUAAUUAAAUUCUGUGUACAAUCCUAGGACUUUACUUCAAGGGUUUCCUGUAAUAUCCGUCAUAACAUCAAAAUUCAGCAGUUAUGCAUAAUUUAACCACCCAAAAGCAGUUACUACAAUUUUACCACUUUUAAUCACUUUACGUUUGAAACAUUUAUUUUACGUUUCUAUGAGUAUUCUUAAACUUAAAAAAACUGUUGAGUUGCAACGGAAAACCAGGAACAUCUAUUGAGUUGCAUGAAUAAUGAAUGAUUAGGUUUUUAUAACAAUGAUAAAAGUAACAUCUCUAAAUGUUCCUAUUUUUAUUACACACUACAAUUAAAACUAUAGAAAACUCACUCCUUAUUAAAAAAAGAAAAUAUAGUUUAAUCAACUUUCGUUAAACGUAUUCAAUUUCAUAUUAAAUUAUAAAAUACUAAGUAAUAAAAGUAUGUAAAUUGGGUGAAACUUUGUAUGAUAGCUUUAUAUGAUAUUCCUCAAAACAUUACUACAACUAAAAAUUAAACAAACUAAUUGAAGCUGAAUUUUUUUUAAAAUUAUAUUAUCUAAUAUUACUUAGAAACGACUUAUAUACUGCCUUAAUAUUGUAUCUACGUAUAGGCUACUUUAAUUUUAUGAAUGCAGAAAACCGAACUGAAUGUAAGAAAAUGUAUUAUAGAUAAUGUUUAUAUUGUUGUCACUAUACUAACUUUACUGAAUAGUUUAAGUUCUAAUGUGCAUUUUCUAUGAUACCAUAAUAUCUAGUCCAUAUGGUGAUAAAACUAAAUAAUAGGAAAUGUAGUAUUAACAUGUUAUGUGAUUGAUAUAUUUUCACUAUCAUAGUUCACUAAGUUAUUUUGUAAACAUAACAUUUCGUGUAUAAUAAAUUGUUGUAAAUACCA